UAGCUGAAAAGUUAGAUCAAGAGAGGCGUAAUACAGUACUGGCUACAGAUAUAUUUAAGACUCAUCGUCUAUGCCUCUCUCGGUCUCUCUCUGAUCCUGUCAGUGUAGCUAUUAUGCUUCAAAGAGAGGGUGUCAUAACAGGACAAGUAUUGGCUAGUGUGGAGUCAGCCAGUCCCUCUGUUUCUAAUCAACGUGAAGUCCUGUUAGCUGCCAUUAUAGUAGCCAUUAACAGGAAGUAUAGCUUACUACAAACAUUCGCUAGUGUGUUGUGCAAGUUCACUGGCAAUGUGAAACUAGGAACAGUUAUACAAAGAGACUAUGACAAAUUUUUCAAUGACGAUACGAAGCUUAUUAAGGUUGUUAUUCCUGAGGAUGAUAUGAUCACUGAUACAUUAAGUACUGGAACAAUUACACCAUCACCUACUGCACCUCAUGCACCAACUGUUGAGAUUGCCAUUCCUCAAUGCAUGAGUAAUGAAUUCACUUCAAUACAAAUGUCUUAUGGUCGAAUGUUGUACAAUGUUCGCAAAAUAAUCAAGAACAAGCCACCGCCAUUGGAGGACAUCAAAGAGUAUCUUUGUUGCUGUAGGAGUAGUUAUGAACCAAAGCUAUCUCUGUGUUCCAAUAUCACUGAAAUUUUACAAGUAGUAGAGAAAGAGUCUUCAUUGAUUAAUAUUGAGCUACUUCAAUCAUUGGUCGAAGAAUUCAAAAUAAAAAAAGCUAACAAAUACAUCAAAGAAUAUAAAGGCAUAUUAAAAGAGUUUUGUCAUAUGGUAAAGAUUACGCUUUGCUUGAAUGAGAAGUUUGAAGCAUUAGGAGGUAGUCCUUCUCUUCAAUGUGAAACAGUUACAUAUGUCUUUGACUGGGAACCAGAUGAGCACAUGCUACAAGAUAUCAAGCAAAUCAUUUCCAAGACAUCUGGUAAACUAGUGAAAAUAAAAUAUAUCAAGAAAGGAAACUCCAUCAUUGUCACUUGCUCCUUCCCUCACUCUCUUAUUGGAGCUCUCAUUAUAAAAUUGAGUGAAAAUCUUGAAUUAUUAAUAAAGAAUGGUCUAAUGAAGCUCACUGUAGGUUACAGUACAAUAUGGGACAAACAAAAAAUACACGAACCACUGGAACAGCAGGUACAAGGGAUAACAGAGCAACCUCAAGUUAAAAAGAAAGAGAGAGUAGCAAGACUUGAACAGAAAAAAACAGAAGAAGGAAGACCUCGAUCAAUAGUCAUUAAUCAAGGCAUGGAUCAAGAUGGACUGACUCUUGAUACAUUUCUGACAAUAAUCAAUGCACGAUUAGUAAUCAAAAGAAGAACAAACAAACAAUUGAAAUUAUCAGUAAGAGAAUUGAGAGUAAUGGAAGUUCUGCAGAAUCUGUCACCUACACAAAAUUUGAGUUCAGCAUCAUGCAGAAUCAUAAGAGGAAUGAGAAUGGAAAUAGAGCAACUGCAAUUAUUAUUAACAAAUAAAACUGGUUUACUGGAUCAGAAUGAGCCCUUCACAGAUAUUAAGAGGGAAAUAGCUGAACUACAGGAACAGAUAUCAUUAAUGAGUGUACAUAUACUAAAUAAAGGAGAGGAAAAUGAAAGUCAUAAACAUGUUAUUGCAGAAUGUAUAAAACUGACUGCAACCCUUACAUACACUGAAAGUGAUGAAGAGACAGAUGAAGAUGAUUAUAAACUGACCAAUGACGCAAUUUUUAUUGCUUGUUGUGGAUAUUAUGCCAUAGGGGGUGAUGAAAUAUCAUUCAGUAAAGGAGAGCAGCUAGAGAUAUGUAACAAGUUGAGUACAUAUUAUUGGGAAGGAAGGUCCUUGGUAUCUGGUGAUGAGGGAGUGAUUCCUAGUAGUUGUGUUCACUCAAUAUUUGAGUCACUUCAUUUGUUAGAGUUUAUACUGUCAGUGGAAGAAGUGUCCCUUCCUAUUCUGCAGAAGAUAAAGAAUGAUGCGUCUAGUAAUGAUGAGAAAGUUUCUCUUUUCUUGGAAAUUAUCAAUGAUGAUCCUAUUAUGAUUCCUGCCUUGAGACAAGACUGGGAACAGCAUGAGGAAGGAGCCACAGUUGGGAGAGUAGAAUGGCUCAGUGAUGCUGUAUACCUUGUUUCUCCAUCUCAAGUUCAGUGUCAUGAAGUGAUUAGCAAUAUUAAUGAUAGUAAUUCAGAGUUUGAUCUCAACUACUCAUCUACUAAUAGUGCUUUAUCUCUACUGUCAUCUACUAAACUUUAUUCACUAAACCUAAGGAGACUUGGGAUAUGGUACACUCCAUUGCCUAACGAUUGUAUCCAAUACUUGUGUAUGCUACUAAACAAUAAUGAAACAAUUCAAGAACUAGUCAUCAGAUCCCACUCCAUUAGUGAUAGAGGAGUUACUAAUAUCUGUGAAGCACUUAAAGACAACUCUACACUUACCUCAUUAGAUCUUCAUGAUAAUCCUCUCAUUACUUCUACAAGUGGACAAGCUCUUGCUCACCUCCUCCUCAACAACUCAUCUCUAGCUGAGCUGGAUCUACGGAACACUUCAUUGUCUACUGACUCAUUAUUACUACACAUUCUCCAUUCACUACUAAAUAAUCAAACAAGAAUUAAGCUAGACAAGCGGCACAGAGACACUUGUAUAAAUACUUAUCCUAAUUAUCACCUCAUAAGAGCUAGAAUAGACUGGGCCUAAUCACAACUUAUUAUUAUUAUAAUAAUCUCUUGAUACAAAGAAUAUUACAUCAGCCUCGGUAACCUGAAUUCACUCUUUUCUCUCCUGCAGUAGUUAUUGCAAGUUUUUUUCUCUAUUUAUUUAUAUUUCUGACUCAAUGUUACUUUUACCUUAAAUGAUUACUUUUUUUCAAAUUGCCUACCUCAUGUCAGCC